AUGGUGAUUAGGAAAUGCGUAGUCCUGACGGUCGAUGAGCUUGCUUGUCUUCAAUUGCCUCCACUUGUCAAUGGUGUACCAGAAAGUACCACUGCCCCCGUCCUUGAUGAUGAUGAUUUUGCUUCUACAACACCCCAUAACGACACACAUCAAAAGGGAGUUGUUCAAUCAAAAUCUCCACCGUCUAAGAAACGUAGGCAGAUGUCUGUUGGGACUUCGUCAUCAAAGAAAGCAGAUCUGCAACCUGAAACAAUUCCAAUUUCCAACAUUUCUCCCCGUAGGAAAACGCCUAUUGUACAAACAAGAAAGUCGGCUUCUCCAAUUGGGAAUGAACAAGUGCAUGUAAAUACCCCAUCUGUCCAGUUCCCGACAUCUACCAAACAAGACGAGGUGUGUCUCAUGAUGCAAGAAAUUGAUGAAUUUAAAAAGUCAGUGAGUGUAAAGGAUGAGUUCAAUGAUUUGCACAAAUUGAUCAAUGACAACUUGACAACGAUUCUUCAAGCUAUUGAAGCAAUUAAAGGGAAUAAGGAUUCUGAAAAGGGUGCUGCCAGAGAAUCUACAUUUCAGCAACAUGAUAAUGGAAUACACAAUAAAUCACCGAUACAAAAUAGGAGUUAUACGACUCAUUUUCCAACAGAGGUAUCUGAUGAGUUGCCUGUAUCAGUCUAUUGCUACUGUAUUCAUAAAUAUAACACCUUAUAUUUUACUGAAACAGCCUCCCUACCUAAGGGCCUAGUGGGAGAUGUUGGUGUAAACGAGGUUAAUUCUACUAGUGAUACAUUAAGGGAUUCAACACAGGAAAUUCAGGGACCAAGUGACAUUUUGGGAGAUUAUGUCGAACCAGAGCCGUUUGGAUCACAAAUCCCUAUCAAGACAGCUGAUGUUAUCGUUGUUACUCCUGCUGCCAUACCUAUCAACGAAGGAAGCAACAUGUUAGUUCAUGAUAAUAUUGUGCAAGGUGUAUCUUCUUCUUCAUUUUGUGCCGGUACAGAUCAUUCUAAUCAAGUGACGCCGCACAAUGUCGUUGUUGAGUUUGAGGGUAUUCAUGUUGGUAAGGAACAGGAACAUGUGCCUCAGUAUGAGCUGACGGAUGAAUUCCUUCCAACACAGAAUACUAUAACAAAAAUUGUCAUGACUUUGCGUAAAGAGAGGCGUCCUGGCCCUUUGCAAAUGUCUCCUUACAUGACAAAUUUUGGGUCAGCUUCAGGUAGUUCAGUUAAGUUGACAGAGAUAUUUGACAAAAAACACCCAUUUGAUAAUAAUUGCAUCAUAGGGCGACAUGAUGCCAAGCUGUUCGGUGAAUUCUCAAAAUGGGUAAAAGAGGGGCUGCUUGUGUGGCAUGAUAGCAGAAAGAACAAAGAGGACCACUACAAAAAGGGUAAAGCAAAACUGCCAACAUCCAUGGACUGUGGUAUUAAGAAAAUCAGCGACAAAAAUUGGUUCUAUCUUUUAUCAAUGGAGGGUCAGAUGUGGAAUGACGAGCAUCUUGAUGUCAUGUUUUACUACUUCCGGAAAAAAGCCAAAUAUGAUACAAAUAGCACAUACAAGUUUACCACUGUAGACUGUGUUUUCAAUACCAAAAUUGAUGUUAUUCACAAAGGCUAUCUUGACCCGGAUGGUGCUAUAAGUGUUGGGAAACAAGAAGAUGUUUUAUGUGAAUACGUUAAAGGCCACCGGUUGCAUUGCAUUGUCCCGUGGCAUUUGGUUGACUAUGUAUUCAUCCCAGUCAACAUUAAAGAAAAAAACCAUUGGCUUUUGGCAGUCCUUUCAUUCCUUGACAGACGUCUAUAUAUGUAUGAUUCGUACCGAGCGGCUGGUCAUGAUGCAACUGUUAGAUCUCAAAUAGACAAACUCGCCAAUCUAUUGCCCUUGUAUUUACUUUUAACAGACUUCUACCAGUCCAAGCAGGGAGUUGAUUGGAAUUAUCACCCUGCGUAUAAAGACAAAGCACCGGCUGACAAAUUUGACGUCAUGUUUGUUGACAAUUUGCCACAACAGAGGCCUGGAAGCAUGUAUGUCAAUUUUUGGAUUUUUAAAACUGACAUAUAUGAGGAUAAUACAUCAUUUAAAUAUAGUUUUUGUUUCUUUGUUUCUUUGUUUCGUGCAAGGAUUGUGGAAUGUAUGUUGCUGCAUAUGCGGAGUAUUUGA